AUUCAAAUAAAAAGAUAGGGAACCCUUGAACGCUGCUUGCAACUUUUUUCGUCCGGGCAGACUUGAAAGUUUUGUCGAACGGAUUGUCAUGGACAAGCUGGUGCUUCUGUUUUUCGGCUGUUUGGUGGUUUUUGCCCAGGCCCUAGACUGCCCCGUGUGCUACAACAGAUACGACUACACAUCGUGUACGGGUGUGCAAACAUGCCAUCAGUCACAUGACGUGUGUGAGCUGACGGUCCAUCUGAAAGAUUUCAACAGUGUCGAGUAUAUCUGUCACAGCCGAGUUGCAUGCUACCAUCAUGAACUGACCCACUUCCACCACUGCGAGCCAACCCACAUGGAAAAAUGCACGUUCUGUUGCCACGGUGUGACAGAGUGUGAGCUACAGAGGGAGGAACUGUUUGGACAGUACCUCACAACAACAGCAGCUCCGGUGGAGCAGACCACUACAACUGAGGAACCGACCACCACAACCACGCCAACUACCACCACAACCACGCCAACUACAACCACAACAACACCAACUACCACCACUACAACACCAACUACCACCACUACAACACCAACUACCACCACUACAACACCAACCACCACCACAACUACCACCACAACAACUACAACUACAACUACGACGACACCAGUACCACCCAACAUAUGCAUCCAGUGUAACGUGAGUGAGCCGUGUGACGCCUACACUGUCCAGGUGACGCCACCAAAGCUGUGUGACCAGCAACAGCCGUACUGUUUCACCAGCAUCGUGCAGAACCAGGUGGAAAAGGAUAUCUACAAAGGAUGCGCCGAUGAAGAUUUCUGUCGGUUAAAGUGGUGGGAGCAGACGUCUACCAAACCCAUCUGCCUGGUCAUAGAUUACACUGGCCUUGACCUUGACUGCACCUUCUGCUGUACUGGAGUUGGAUGCAACCUGCCCGUGAAGCCGUAUGACGUCACACUUGUACAGUUUGUUUAAAUGAACCGUGGUUCUAACACUGUUGGCACAUGGAACCCCUAACAAGUGUUCUCAAGUCUUUCUUUCUGUCUAUAUUACAUUUUUCAAAAUUAAAAUUUUGGAUUUUAAAGUAAAACCUACUUUGAUACAUCUUUAUCUGGCAAUAAAAACUUAAAAAA